AUGCUGCACAGAAACGAAGAUGUGAUGUGGCAGUCCGUCUUUGCAGCCUUAGACCUUGUUAUUUCAACUAUAUCACCUCGCAAGCUUUUAUACCUUGCGGCUGAUGGCGUCGCUCCUCGAGCGAAAAUGAAUCAGCAGCGUGCUCGCCGCUACAGAGCCGCCAAGAGCGCAGAUGAAACAGCUGAGGCCCAAGAGAGGCAACGCCUUGCGGAGUUGAGAGCUGCCGAAGCCCGUGGGGCCCAAGAGGCAACUUGCCCUGCAGAAGAAAGUGCUUCUAGUGAAUGGACUACAGUAGAAGGCCGCAGGUCGAGUUCGCAGAAAACGGGACCGCAGGCGCCGGCGAGAUUCGACAGCAACUGCAUUUCCCCGGGCACAGAGUUCAUGGCUUCCUUCUUCCGCCAUCUCCGCUUUUAUUGCGAGAAAAAGUUCGAAGAAGACACGCGGUGGAGAGGCUUGAAAGUCCUGCUGUCUGGCCCUGAUGUGCCGGGCGAGGGAGAGCACAAAAUCAUGGCGUACCUGCGUUGCUGUAAAGCUGCGGGCAAUGCAGACCCAAACACUCGACAUUGUCUGUACGGGCUUGAUGCGGACUUGAUAAUGUUAUCUCUUGCAUCCCAUGAGCCUCAGUUUGCCCUACUGCGAGAAGAAGUCGUCUUUGGCCGUCCAACAACAGUGGAUGCGGGAGGCAAAAUGCUGCGUGAGCCGGAGAAGUUGCAGUUACUGCACAUAUCACUGCUGCGCGAGUAUUUAGCACUCGACCUCCUGCCGCCUACAGUGGACUACAGCAUGCAGCAGCUGUCUUCGAGGCGUCAGGUUCUAUCUCGCAAGGAUUCCCUCUCAUCACAAGAGAGGGGAGAAUCCAGUGAGCAAAUGGCACUGCAGCCGUUGGCCGAAAGAUGUCCGAGCUCCCGCAUCGAGAAGAUGCUAGCAUGUGCAAGCGAGGCUGAACGCGUCGUUGACGACUUUGUUAUUUUCUGCUUUUUGGCGGGAAAUGACUUUCUUCCGCACACGUUUUCGACGGACAUUGGUGAAAAGGGGCUUGACAGCAUGAUCAUUUGCUACGGGCGCUUCUUAGCGGAGUACAGUGUACUUGCGGCAGCUGUAACAAGCACUACCCCUCUGGACGGACCGUGGCUUGUGGGCAGGUGCGGCCAGCUUAAUCUUCUCAAUUUGUACAUUUUUCUAAAACUUUUUGUCGAGACUGUUGAGGAUGUCAAGGUCGCAAGCAAGGGAGCAGAUUUACAGUGGCUUGCAUCGAAGAAGGGUGGGGCGGAGCUGCCAAAGCAGAUUUUGCUCGACCUUUAUGGAGGAGAUCCGUGCAGAGCCUUCCGUGCAAAUUUCUACAGGCGAAAACUUGAAUUCGACAUCAACACAGAAGAAGGCCAAAACAAGCUUCAGUGCUUGUGCCGGAGCUACCUCGAAGGGCUCCAGUGGGUUGCAUAUUACUAUUUCCGGGGACCCGACGCGAGUGGGUGGCGGUGGUUUUAUUGCUACCACUACGCUCCCUUCAUGCGGGAUUUGCUGAACUGCGACUUCUUCAAACCAACAGGGGGAAAUGAGACCUGCAGUGCAGCUACGGGCCGGGCAGAAACGUGCAGUGACCUCUCAUAUCUUCUUCAUCGUACUAUUAACCUCCCUCAGGGAGAACCGUAUUCUCCCUUCAUGCAGCUCAUCUCAAUCUUGCCACCCCAGUCCGCGGGGUUGCUGCCAUUGGAGUUGCGCCAUAUUCUGACGAAUCCGCCUCCUGAGCUGGCCCCAUUUUUCCCGAAUGAUCUUCAAAUCGAUAUGGAAGGGGUAAAGGUCCCCUGGGGGGGCGUGACGCUGCUGCCAUUUGUAGAUGAAUCGAUACUCGAGCGCGUAGUGUCCCCUCUUUUGAGGAAACUACCUCGUGAAGUCAUGAAACGGAACGAAACUGGAAAAGUACUUCUGUUAAUGAGAAGGGAGAACCAAAAGAGUGGGAGGCAGAAUUCCGCGCCACUCGUCCGCCAAGACAGGGGCUUUUGCAGUGCUGGCGAGCUGUCUUGCUUGGACCCAGUGUAUGAAUGCCAGUGCUUGUUCUUCAAGCAUAAAAUUGUAAACAAGCAACUUGGUGUUUUUCUAGACAUUUGUAGCUUGUUAGACCGCAUCAAUGGCUCUCCCGAGGAAUGUGGGGACAAAGAGAACUGCGUUUUCCCAUCGUCUCUUCCUUUCGCGUUUCCUGACGUAGUUGGAAGCUGCGUGGUUGAGGAGGAGGUACUUGUACUACCCCCAAGAUUGGUUUUGCGCUUCGAGGAAAGCAAAAUUCUAAGCGUCCUGAAAUAUCUGAACCCUUUGGUCCAGGUCCAACAGCCCGACGCCCAUAUGGACAUAAGGGCUACAAUCAAUGGCUACAUCGCAGCAUUGCGUUCAAUCUUACAGUGUGUCGAUUUGGCGUCACUGAGGGAAGGUUGUGCUGCACCGCUUCAGCUGGAGUCACUGCCAAAGCUGCAUCCCACCGAGCAGGAGGUCCUUUUUCCAACGACGCCCCUACCAGGAGCUUCUCCGUCUGCCGCUGACUUGUCGCCAUCCCUUCACUCAAAGUGCUUUUCCUGGCGUCGCGGUACUGGGAUAAAGGUUUUUCGCCGCGCAUCGGCUAACGAGUCCAUCGUCUUGACAAUUAUGCCGUUUUCGAGGGAGGAACUACAGCGAGGUUCUGCAAGCACUUUUGUCGAUUUAUUCAAGCCGAGGAGUACUUUGGAAAAGCUGUUAAGAAGCAAGUUUGUCCUCUAUGACUACCCAUUCAUCAAGGUGGCCACUCCCGUUGCCGUGUGGCAUCCGACUCUCUGCUAUCCUAUAGACUUCGCCAAUGCUUUUCGAAGCGCUGAGUUUCCUACUCAGCCUACGGAACAGCUGCAAAUGGUCGAGACGGAAAAGUGCCGCUUGCAACUGCAGGGAAUUGAGGUUGCAGACGAAACGACGGCCUUUACUUUCUUCAAGGAACGCACAGCCAGAACUAGAGCGGAGCAGGCCACUGACGAAGCGCGGAACAUGCCGGUUUCUUGGGAUCCAGAUCAGGCUGCGGGUGGCCUGCGCGGGACAGAACAGUAUGCAGGCCCAACAGCAAUGCCCGUGGAACAACAGCUGCAGCAGCUUGCACAAGAAGUAACUUUGGCGCUACCAGGAACAAGGCAGCAGCAGCUUUCUCGCAUGUUCCACCCUGAGACUGCUUUGUCCACCAUUCUUGUUGAAUUGCGGCCACUAGAAGAUAUAGCGAUAGAAGAACAGCUGCUGGAAGCAAAACUGAGCAGCAGCAGCGACGGAAGUGUGACUCGUUCAAAAGAGAGGGAGCUGAGACCCACUGCUCGCGUUCAUUUUCGCUAUGCACGAGACACGGUUUUCCGUCUGCUGCCGCUCGUGGUAGCGCCGUCAAGUACUCUCUUGGAAAGCCUGCAACACUGUCACCAGGGAAUUGUAGAAGCGCUUGAGGCUCACAGGAAAAAUAGAUGGACAAAGGGAGACGACGUGUUCUUCGUCGCACCAGCAGGGAAUGAGCAGUUGCCUGCCGGCUCGAUCGGCCUCUUGGAGAGCUCUCCCAGCCCUGAGGCGUCCCAUCUUUAUGUGCGCGUUUCUUCAUGGCAAAACGAACCACCAGAGCUCCAGUUACAGCUUGAAGAUGCCUGCAGGGCAAUAUGUCCAACCGUCGCAGAAAGGCCUUAUACACUCGAACAGGCCGCACACCUCAUGGGCGUUACGCCCGCUGCUGCGUUUCAAGUUUUUUCUUCAAUCUUCCUCAAGGAAGGAGACAAUAUCUACGUAGGCUGGCAAGCGUAA